AGAGAGGGAGGGAGAGAGAGGAAAGGAGGAUGUCUGACUGACUUGUACUAUGACUGUAAUGUUACACUUCCAGCGCUUUAUCCCAGGAAAGACACAUGGGUCUUUUGGGAGCUGGUUCCCGUUGUAACAAAACAACUUUUGGGGAAUGCUUGAGAGUUUCGGGCUGGCUUGUGUUCAGUGAAUCAGCCGAGCCAUGCGCUGAAGUGUGGAGACAUCGGUGAAGAUUUGAGAGGUGCCGGGGAGCGUCCCAAGGAGCCGAGGAGCUGCGGAGAAGCCUGUGGUUGUUUCCAACUGUGGACUUUAAUUUCUUUUCUCUCUGGCUCCGUUUUCUUCAGCUUGUGUUGUUGGUCAUCUUGUAGAAGAGGCAGACAUUACGGAUGAACUCGCGGUGCCAACAGGGAUAACACGGAGAGUUUGGCUCUAAGCUUUGGUGGAUAUGAACACCCCGAGCAGCUCCGGGUGACAUGCUGUGAAAUGGAUCCUUUUAGUUUUUGGACAUUGAAACUGGCUUGUGUCAGUAAUUAGGGUCCCUCCAAAACUCUCAGACACACGGAGUCGACUUUUUAUUUUGGUCAUUUUGGACAUCAUUUCUGCAGUGAAAUCGAGGAUUUGCGCGCCCGCCGCGGAUGUUUAAUAUGCUAGUAUGGGUCCGCUAGCGUUCAUCCUUGUUGGUGGAUUACUGUAUAUUCAAGUUGAUGGAUCCCGUCUACGCCAGGAGGACUCCCCACCCCGGAUUGUGGAGCACCCCUCUGACCUGAUUGUCUCCAAAGGGGAACCCGCCACCCUCAACUGUAAAGCAGAGGGGCGGCCGACCCCGACAGUGGAGUGGUACAAGGACGGAGAGCGGGUGGAAACGGACAAGGAUGACCCACGUUCUCACCGCAUGCUGCUGCCCAGUGGUUCGCUCUUCUUUCUACGCAUUGUUCAUGGACGACGGAGCAAACCAGACGAGGGAGCCUACGUCUGCGUGGCACGGAACUACCUGGGAGAAGCUGUGAGCCGUAAUGCAUCUUUGGAAGUAGCAUUGCUGCGAGAUGACUUCAGACAAAACCCGACAGACGUGGUGGUGGCAGCAGGAGAGCCAGCCAUCCUGGAGUGUGUUCCUCCCAGAGGCCAUCCUGAACCCACCAUCUACUGGAAGAAAGACAAAGUGCGAAUUGAAGACAAGGAUGACAGGAUCACUAUUCGAGGAGGAAAGCUAAUGAUUUCCAACACAAGAAAGAGUGACGCUGGCAUGUACAUCUGUGUGGGUACCAACAUGGUCGGAGAAAGGGACAGCGAGACAGCACAAGUCACAGUAUUUGAGCGACCGACCUUCCUCCGCAGGCCCAUCAACCAGGUGGUCCUGGAAGAGGAGAGUGUUGAGUUUCGAUGCCAGGUACAAGGAGACCCUCAGCCAAAUGUACGCUGGAGGAAAGACGACGUUGACGUUCCUCGUGGGAGGUACGAGAUCAAGUAUGACAAGGACGACUAUGUGCUGAGAGUGAAGAAGGCUUCCGUUAACGACGAGGGCACGUUCACCUGUGUUGCAGAAAACCGCGUGGGCAAGUUGGAGGCGUCCGCCACUCUCACAGUCAGAGCUCGCCCUGUCGCUGCUCCUCAGUUUGUCAUCCGCCCAAGGGACCAAAUCGUGGCCCAAGGCCGCACUGCCACCUUCCCGUGUGAAACCAAAGGAAACCCUCAGCCUGCCGUCUUCUGGCAAAAGGAAGGCAGUCAGAAUUUGCUGUUUCCAAACCAACCCCAGCAGCCCAACAGUCGCUUCUCUGUGUCGCCCAGCGGAGACCUCACCAUCUCAUCUGUGCAGCGGGCAGAUGCUGGUUACUAUAUCUGCCAGGCCCUGACCGUUGCAGGCAGUAUCCUCGCCAAGGCUCAACUGGAGGUCACAGAUGUACUCACAGACAGGCCGCCACCCAUCAUCCGCCAAGGUCCGUCCAAUCAGACGCUGGCGGUGGACAGUGUGGCUCUGUUGAAGUGCCAGGCGUCAGGAGACCCCAUCCCCUCCAUCAGCUGGCUGAAGGAUGGUGUCAGUCUGCUGGGAAAGGACUCGCGCAUGUCUCUGCAGGAGCUGGGCAGCCUGCAGAUCAAAAGCAUCAAGCUUUCAGACUCUGGGAUCUACACAUGUGUGGCUACCAGCUCCAGUGGUGAAACAUCAUGGAGUGCUUUCUUGGAAGUCAAAGAAUCAGGUAGUGUGUUGGUCGUGAAGAACCAUGAUGAGAAUGAGCUACCAGGCCCUCCAUCUAAACCUCAGGUCACUGAUGUCACCAAGAACAGUGUGUCCUUAUCCUGGCAGCCUGGGAUGGUUGGAGCAUCACCUGUCUCCUCUUUUGUCAUUGAAGCAUUCAGUCAGUCCGUGAGCAACAGCUGGCAAACAGUGGCUGAUCAUAUCAAAACAACCCAGUUUACCGUCAAAGGUCUGCGUCCCAACACAAUCUAUCUGUUCAUGGUGCGAGCAGUCAACAACCAGGGCCUGAGUGAUCCAAGCCCCAUGUCUGAACCUGUCAGAACACAAGAUAUAAGUCCUCCAGCUCAGGGUGUUGACCACAGGCACGUGCAGAAGGAACUCGGAGAAGUGAUAGUUCGCUUGCACAACCCUGUUGUCUUGAGUCCCACAACUAUUCAGGUCACAUGGACGGUGGAUCGGCAGUCCCAGUUCAUCCAGGGUUACAGAGUUCUGUACAGGCAGACCUCCGGACUCCCCUCACCAGGACCCUGGCAGAUGCAGGAUGUUAAGGUCCCUUCUGAACGCAGCGUUGUCCUCUCUUCGCUGAAAAAGGGCAUUGUGUAUGAGAUCAAAGUUCGCCCUUAUUUCAACGAGUUCCAAGGCAUGGACAGUGAAUCAAGAACAUCUCGCACAACUGAAGAAGCUCCAAGUGCCCCUCCUCAGCAGGUAACAGUUCUGACUGUGGGAAACCAGAACAGCACUUCAAUUAGCAUUUCCUGGGACCCUCCUCCACCAGACCACCAGAACGGCAUUAUCCAGGAGUACAAGAUCUGGUGUCUGGGGAACGAGACACGUUUCCAUGUAAAUAAGACAGUGGAUGCAGCCAUACGUUCAGUGGUGGUGGGCGGGCUGCAGGUAGGCGUGGUGUACCGGGUGGAGGUGGCUGCAAGCACAAGUGCCGGGGUUGGAGUCAAGAGUGAACCUCAGUCUAUUAUCAUCGGUAAGGAGUUCCGGGACGUGAUUAUACAUGGGAACCGGAACAACAGCAUCACAGAGCAGAUUACUGAUGUGGUGAAACAGCCUGCUUUUAUUGCCGGUAUUGGUGGGGCCUGCUGGGUCAUCCUCAUGGGCUUCAGCAUCUGGCUCUACUGGAGAAGAAAGAAGAGAAAGGGUCUGAGCAACUACGCAGUUCAGUCCUUCACCUUCACCCCUGCAGUGACAUUCCAGAGGGUCGAUGGUGGUCUGAUGAGCAAUGGAAGCCGGCCGGGCCUGCUUAAUGCCAGUGACCCAGGUUACCCCUGGUUAGCGGACUCUUGGCCGGCCACCAGCCUGCCUGUCAACAGCAGUUCCGGGGGACCAAAUGACCUGAGUAACUUUAGCCGAGGAGAUCUCCCCUCUGGUCAAGGGGAUAAAACAGGCACCAUGCUAUCUGAUGGAGCCAUCUACAGCAGCAUAGACUUCACCACCAAAGCCAACUACAACAGCCCUGGUCAGACAUCCCAAGCCACUCCCUACGCCACCACCCAGAUUCUCCACUCCAGCAGUAUCCACGAGCUGGCUGUGGAUCUUCCCGAGGCUCAGUGGAAGGCCUCACUGCAGGCCAAGCAGGAGAUGGCCAGCUUGGGCUACUCCCUGCCUGACAAGAACUCAUGCAACAACACCCUCCUUUUCAUUCCUGACUACCGAUUGGCCGAUGGAUUGUCUAAUAGAAUCCCACACAACCAAUCACAAGAUUUCAGCACCACCAGCUCUCACAACAGCUCAGAGCGAAGCGGCAGUCUCUCAGGUGGAAAGGGAGGGAAGAAGAAGAAGACCAAGGCUGGCUCUAAACCCAGUAAAGCUAAUGGGUCCAACUGGGCCAAUGUUCCCCUGCCCCCUCCUCCUAUUCACCCCCUCCCUGGCACUGAGAUGGACCAUUAUCCCAAUGAGCUUCAUGAAGGAGCAGGGUAUGAGAGUGAUGGAUGGGGCCCGCCCAUGCCUGUGCAGACUUAUCUCCACCAAGGUAUGGAGGACGAGCUGGAGGAAGAGGAGGAGAGGGUUCCCACUCCACCCAUCCGAGGGGUUGCCUCCUCCCCCGCUGCCGUUUCCUUUGGACAACAGUCCACCGCCACCCUUACCCCUUCUCCCAGAGAUGAAAUGCAGCCCAUGCUCCAGGCUCAUUUGGAUGAACUAACCAGAGCAUACCAACUGGACAUGGCAAAGCAGACAUGGCACAUGCAGGUUGGCUCCCUCCCUCCCCAGGCUCCAGCUCCUCCAGUGGGCUACGUGUCUAGCACAAUGGUUUCUGACCUGGAGACUGACCUGCCGGAUGAGGAGGAGGAGGAGGAGGAAGAGGAGGAGGAUGAAGGCUAUGGAGCCAGGCAUCCCCGUGGGAUUGAGCACACACCAGGGUCUAGCAUGGACAACCUGGACAGCUCUUUAACAGGGUCCAUGGUGAAUGGGUGGGGCUCAGCCUCGGAGGACGACCGUAAUUUCUCCAGCCACAGGUCCAGUUUGGGCAGUUCGUCCGAUGGCUCCAUCUUUACUCAAUGCAGUUUUGCCCAGGCCCUGGUGGCAGCGGCAGACAAGGCGGGAUACCGCCUGGAUGGCACAAGUCUCAGCAAGAGAGGUAAAGGCUUGUCUCACAGGCCCCGGCCCGGCAGCCCAUUCUCAACAGAUGGCAGCACAGUCGGCACACACAGCCUGGGCCACCAGAGGGCCACCAGGCCCACACGCAAACCCCGAAGCCAGGGCACAGCACCCCACCGGAGAGAUCCUGGUGCAGACGACCUACCUCCUCCUCCUGAGCCUCCUCCCUGUCAGGGGCAGGGCCGUAUCCAGGGGGCCCGCAGCAUAAGCAGCAUGGCACCCCCCACAGAGAGAAAGGCUUCAUCUCUGGAGCGCCCGCCUAUAUCAGGGGUCCUGCCUGAUGACAUAAAGAACUCGAUGGACAGACAGACGCGCACCACUCUGGAUCAUCAUCGCCAGGCUCAAGACAGACUGGGCUCCAUGGAACGAACUGAUGACGGACGCAGGGGACACAAAACAGAGGAGGGGUGCCUGCCAUACAGUAAACCAUCCUUCCCCUCCCCCGGGGGUCAGAGCUCCUCUGGCACAGCCUCCUCUAAGGGCUCGACGGGUCCACGACAGCCACAGCAGUGGACGGCUUCGGAGCACGCUGACUUCCUGGGGGCCAACGGACAGGGACAGUACUCGGGGGAGUUAUGUGAUGAUCUGCCGGGGAUGUGAACUGGAAAACACGUUGGUCUUACCUCGGAGGAAAGACGCCCUUCCAGUGUGGGCAACGAACUUUGUCCUUCUCUGUGUGCCCUCAAAGGGAAGAGGAGCAGCAGAGGGCACGUCCGAGAAACGCAGUGUCACAGAACUGUAAAUGUGAUGUAUAGACACAGACAUACUGUACAUCUCACUAUGUUCUUUUGUCCUCAAGAAAAUUUUCCACCUCCUACCUUACUGUUAUUUUCUUUUUGUUAGAAAAAGGCAAGUAAAAAAAAAAAAGGAAAACAUCUAUAUGAGAACACAUUUUUCUGGUAACUGUCCUUGGGGGGCGGGGGGAGGGGGUGUAAAAGGGAAUUUUGUUUCCUGUAAAUAUAUUCUUUAAGUUGUUGUUGCAUUGCUAUGCAAGCCUGAUUCAGUUUGAACUUUUUAUUUCCAUUAACAGGAACAGUGGGUUUUAUCUGGUCAUUUGUAUUAUAUGUGAAUUGAGUGGCUGUUGUGCCAUAAAAUAAUUGUUUUAUAGUCCAUUGUUUGUUAAUAGUUACCAUUAAUUAUUAUCAUUAUUAUUAUUAUUAUUAUUAAUUAUUGUUUUUGCACUGCAAUUUUUGGUGAUAAGCACAAAAACAUAGCUCCUGCUGACAUGAAGAACCGGAAGAAUAUGUGAAGAGGAGUUUCUGUACUGUAAAGUAAAGAGAAGAAAAUUAUAUACUUAUGUACAGAGAGAUAUUAAAGAGUAAGGCUUUGACAAAUGAGGCACCCAUUCCCAUAGGUUAGACCCAUUGGGUGGCAGACACACAAGGUUUGAGAGUCUGAGGGGCAGAUAUGAAGCGUGAAGAACUGGACACAAAGCUGUAGCUGAACGAGUAGAAGAAUUCCUAAGUCAUACCAGAAACAUGACGUGCUCCGUGUUUUACACAUUUCAUUUUAGACAUUUGAAUAUUUACAGAGACAGACUGGAAAGUUUUUAGUUUUGAGAGUCUGCAAGCAUUUCAAGUUUUCUUUGAUUUACUGCCUAAAAAUCUACUACACUAAGUUUGCGCGUGAGGGAGAGUCAGUGAAAUCUGUGCACACGCUGUAUACAGUCACAGCACUUACAGGCUGGUUUAUGAUUCUUUUAUCGCCUUAACAGGUAAACAGACAUCACACAGGAGUAUUUCUAGGGAUUGGUAGAGAUUAUACUCCCACAUCUACAUGUAAUUUCAGUGGAGCAACACAAUUUGUUUACAUCUUUAAUGUUUGAAAAUGUAUGUCUUCAGUUGCAUCCAUUUGAAUAUGGUUUGCUUUUUUAGAGCACUUACUGUUUUAUGUUUGUUUCAUGUGUGGUCCAGCUAAGUGCUGCUAAAUUUAGGGUCUCUUAACGUUGGUGCCUCCGUCACCAACACACUAUAAUCUGCACAGUGUUGUGUGUGAAUUACUUUUUAAAAAAUGUGUAUGAUUUACAAUGCAGCUUUGAGUUACUGUUUGAUAGCAGACAGGGGAGUUAAAAUGGAGAAAAGCCUUGACUAUUCACUAGCAGGUCUCACUGCCUCCAUGUCUACAGCCACACUGUGCAGCAGAUCACUUUCUAUCUGCCACACAAACACACACUUCUCCUCUGCCGCUUCGACUUCUCAGCCUCUGGAUCUCAAUAUUUUUCAGUCAAUGUUUUUUUUAUUGGUUGUCCUUUUUUUAAAUGAAAAGCUUGUUUCUUUGUAUGCCUUUUAUGGACUCCAAAAACGCUGCUUACUACAAUGUUUUCAAGAUUAAUGUUCAGGAUUUUUGUGGUUCGAUGACUGUUUUGUCUUUUUUUGUACUGCUAAUGUUGAUAAAAAGUGGGGGUGGAAACUAAAGGCCAUCAGAUGCUGUUGUACUGUUGUCGUCAUGCCAUCGUCAUUUUCUAUCAUCCACCCAGUGGCCAGUGUUCUGGAAAUGAGGUGCAAAGAGUAUCUCAGGUUAUUUUACAUUCUGGUGAUGUUUAUGUAUGUGUAUAUAUGUGUAUAUAUCCAUACGCAUCUCCAAUUGAUUCUGCCAUUCCGUUUUCAUUUACUAAAGUAUCCCUGUCAUGCCCGUUUCUGUCGUCCCCUCUUCUUUUCUGCUGUGGAUUUUGAUUCUGAGUAAAACGUGCUGGUUCAUCCACCUUAAGACAAGAUGUCAAUAAAAGAACAUACCAAAUUAAGAUUGAUAUUUCUAAUGUCUAAUGCGUUUCCGUGUCUCUUUAAUACUCAUUGUUUUCUUUCAAAUCACAGUGUCGUUUUGUAUUUAUUAAAAUGAUAAUAAAGGUAUAUUGUGAAAUAUGCAUAAAGAUUCGUGGAAUAUAAGAUGUGUUUUAUGUUCCUUGUAAAGUUUGCUGUCAGAAGUGAGCAGCUGGGCUGUAAGGAGGUGAUGAUGGGAGGCACACAGCGGCAAAAAGAAGGCGGGUCAGUAGUCGUCUGAGUCACUCUUCGUCCUGCAUGUUCACCGCACUGCUCCUAUCAUCUCGAACCUGAAGAAACUUUAGACUUUUUUGAACACAAGGAGCGAAAGCGCUCAUGAUUUGCUUGUGGAGACAAUAGAGAAAACGUCUUUGAAGAAGGAUGGAAGUACUUUGGCACUCCCUCUUUUUUUUUUUUCAUUUUCUCAAUAUUGUUGAUUCUUUGUAGCCUCUCUGUGUGUUGCCUUUUUGCUAUAAAAGAGGAUUAAAAACAACAAAAAGAGAACGUUGUUGGGUGAAGUCUUUCUGUACAGUACGGGGUGAGGUGACACCCUGAUCCUAUGCCAUUUCUACAGUACAGUACAUCCUGCUUUUCUGUUUCUUUUUCUGUAAACCACCUUCUGGAUUCACUUGCAUGUCCUCGUCCAAGAAGAGAGAGUGAAUCAAGAAAAUAAACUUUUACAGUCUCAUUCCCAUGUCCUGUAAGAUAAAUCCAUGUUCUUUUAUUUCCUUGUACCUGGAUCAAUAUCAAAUAAAAUAUUUUUGAAAAAUGAAAA